AACCCAGAACAAUAUGUGGACUAAGAAAUAUUUGGAAAUUCAUUUUAUCCUUUUGCGCCGUUCUUAUAAUGUUUCAAGUUUUUAAAAAUUGUAAAAGUAAUUUUGGAGUAAGUGAUUUUUGUGAAAAAUACAACAAAAAUGUAUUCAGAGAACCCUAUUUCCCUCUUGUUAAAGAAUUCAGUGUAAAAAAGUCUAAAAAGUUUGUCAAUGAAAAUGCUAGAAAAGUUGGUUUUGAAUUGAAAUUCUAUCCUAACAUUACUUUGAAGAAUUCGGAGAGAAAAGUAAUUUUCUUGGCGACAACUUAUUUCAACGAGUGGAAUCCGUGGCAUUAUUAUUUUCUUCAUUUUGGCAAUAAAACAUUCCAACGAUACAAGUGCCCCGUUUAUAAUUGCUACGUUACUAAAAACAAGUCAGACCUUGAAUCUGCAGCAGCUGUACUUUUCCACGUUCGUGAUUUGGAAAUUUUCAGCAUAUCGAAUCUUCGUAAACCAAACCAAAUUUGGAUUUUAUAUUCGAUGGAGCCGCCAUGGCUGGAAAUUAAGGAUUUGAGAAGAUUCGAAGGAGUUUUCAACUGGACAAUGAGCUAUCGUAGAGGUUCUGACUUUUUAUUAUCUUAUGGAUUUAUUGGUAAAAGGCUAAGUCCAGUUUCGAAGAGAAUGGUACCGAUGGCGUCCAAGCAAAAUAAAGCUGUUUGGUUCGCUAGCAACUGCCGAACUGAUAGCAACAGGGAAGAAUAUAUCAGGAGACUUCAAAUGGUAUAUCCAGUAGAUGUUAUUGGAGGAUGCGGCUCGGACGCUUGUCGUCCUGCUGAAACAAAAAGAUGUUACGCCGCAAUAGCGUCUCAAUAUAAAUUUUAUUUGUCAUUUGAAAAUGCAAUUUGUCGUGAUUAUGUAACUGAAAAAGUAUUCAAUCCUCUCGAAUAUUAUAUUGUUCCAGUUACUUUUGGUGGGGCAGAUUAUUCUAAAAUAAUUCCAAAGCAUUCCUAUGUAAAUGCUAUGCAAUUCGAAAGUCCUGAAGACUUAGGUGUUCAUCUAUGGAAUAUUUCUAAAAAUGACACUGAAUAUUUGUCGUAUUUUGCGUGGAAGAAACAUUAUAGAUCUUAUCUCCAACCCUGGAUGUGUGAUUUAUGUGCAAGGUUACACGAGAAACCGCUACCACAAGUGAAAUAUAAUUUGGACGAUUGGUGGCAUGAAGGGUAUUCUUGUUUGCGAUGGUCGAAUAAUGGCUUUGUGCCAAUCAAGCAUCACGCCUUCCCCGUUUAUCAUACAAAAAACUUCGCAUAAAUAUAAUCUCAAAUCGAAAAUUAGAGAAUAAUAAAAGUUCAGUUGUAUAUUGAAUUGAGUUCUUAAAAACAAUUGCAUAGCCGAAUGGAUGAAGAUUCUAAGUUACAUUUUUGUGAAUUUAAGUGACUUACCUUUAAAGUUUAAACACAAAGAAUCGGAAACAACGGUAACAUUUUACCUUAUUUCGUCUACGCAAGUUUCCAUUAGGCGAAAUUCCCAGGAUUCAUAUAAAUUGUUCGGGCCCUACCGUUUACAUUCCUGGAGUUAAAUUUGUUGCCAAAGGGCAAGUUUUCUGAAGAUACUCUUCGACUAUUUGUUGUUAAGUGCACCUGAAACCUUCU